AUCAAAGAUGGAACAUUGUGACCUAUAGACUAUAAAAACAGCAACCGUGACUGUCCUCUGCCCUAUUGCCUUCCCUGCUGAACAAAGAAUAUCCUCAAAAACGUGGGAGACCUUCCUUCCACUUAUAACUACAUCGACGCAGCAAAACCCGUCGUCGUUUCUCUUCCCUCCUCUCUCCAGUAAGUAUCAUUCCAGCAUGGCUCCCAAACGCAAAACAAAGACGGCUCCUCAAGCUGACCUAUCCGGGCAGCUCCGACAACCAAGGACCAAGCCUAGACCAAACCCACCAAACGAACGCAGUAUCCGCGCCGUGCUCAGUUACCAUAUCGCUCCUGCCAUGGACGACGUCGCAGUGAUCCGGGACAUGAGACAGCAAGUUUCCACGACCGUCACGCAGGGAGACCUAAGCAUGAAGUGAACGGCAAUCCCGUGAUUGGCAACCCCCUGGGCCUGACCGAGGCCGAAAAAGCGAGCGAGACCGACAAAUGGAGCGAGAGUCCAAAUGCCUGGGUGAAAGUCAAACACCGG